GAUCGAUAUAUAUGUAAAGCAGACUUUAUUUCACAACUCGAUAUGAGAGCACUUUAAAUUUGUUUACAAAUGGCCGCUGAGUAACCAGGGUUAGUUUGGAAUUGAAGCCAAUUUGAGUGGAGUCUAGUUUAAAAGAUGUCGUACCACGUCAACUACCAACUAGUCAAGCAGCCGGAGUCGCGCUUCCGCUCUUUCGACUUCAAGCCGGACCGGAUGUCGGUGGUAACUGCGCUCAAUCGGAUCGCCUCGGUGGCACAGGAGAGGAUCCUGCUGAUGUUAAACAACACGGGCAUGUGCGCCAUACGCCGCCUCGCCAACAUCCGGGAAGCGCUCAUGUACCUGGAGGGGAAAUUCGAUGACCCCAAACUUCCAGGAGACACCGGCGAGUUUUACCGCCGAAAGCUCGCCGACCAGCUCCACGUGACCUUUGCCGUCGAGGGCGUCACCCACACGAAUAUCCUGUCAGUGGUGGAGGCCGCUAUUAUUCUAGAGCGCGAGACUCGACGCGCGCUUGCCGACAGCGCGAAGUCUCGCUUUGUAGCGCCCUCUGUCGAGAUUGACGAGACUAUUCUAGAAAUCUUGGCCAGAAUUGCAGACGUGUUUUGAGUGAGGCCGAGUGCUUAUUUGAUUGUGGAGAUUGUUUGAUUCAGUAUAUUAUUUAUGCAUUUAGUUAUAUGUGUAUUGCCAGUGUUAGUGUGCGAUGUGCAAUUUGUAAAACUACACAAUAAUGUUAAAUUCGUUUGCAAAGAUUUUUCAUUUAGAAGAAUAUGACCUAUAACGUGAAAUUGGGAAUUUGAGCCUUAAUUUACUCUUAACUGGAGAAAAUUAUUUUACAUGAUAAAUCUGUUCAGUAAAUAAGUACCGGUACUUAAAAUCAUGGUUGUCUAGGCGGGAGUUUUGGACUGGAUUUGAAAAAAUUAUACUUUUUUCGUUGGGAAUAAACCCAAUAAUGGCUGAAAAAUCAGCAUCAAAAACACUCUUGAAGGUAUAUUUAUAUAUAUCAAUGCAAAGAAUUGUUAGUGCCUUUACUACGCAUGUUAAGUUUUGAAGUGCGCAAAUAAAAUUAUUAAUGCUUAA